AAGACAAAGCAAUGUUCACACCAAUUAUUACUCAUUAGAUCUCAUAAUUCCUUUUUUUUUUUUUUAAACAAACCAUUGUGAAGUUUGAUGAUUAUUUCUCCUUUUCCUAUCAAAACAAUAAAUAAAAAAUCUUCAUCUUCAUACUAGUAUUUCUUUUGAUUUUCUACCAGUAAUCAUCCUGGGUUUUUUUUUUUUUUUUUUUCUUUUUCCUCAUUACUAUUGAAAGGAUUGUCUUUUUACUUUUCUUUUUUUUGUUUUAACAAUUAUUCCAAAUUUUUGGACUGAUUCUUCAGCUUGGUGGAAUCUAUUUAUAUGCUGUGUUUGGUAUCUUUCGUUGAAAAAUUUCUUCCUUCUAUUGUGGGUGAUUCUGUAAUCUUGGGUUUGAGGUGAUUCAAUGCCUGAGGAGGAUUUUGUAGAGGUUAAAUUCAGAUUAUAUGAUGGGUCGGAUAUCGGACCCUUUAAGUACUCACCAGGUUCGACAGUUGCCCAACUCAAGGAAAGAAUUGUUGCUGAAUGGCCUAAAGAUAAGAAGAUUGCGCCAAAGGCUGUGAGUGAUAUCAAACUCAUAAACGCUGGUAAGAUUUUGGAGAAUAGUAAGACUGUGGGGCAAUGUCAGAUGCCCUUUGGUGAGCUUCAAAAAGCUAUUAUAACAAUGCAUGUUGUUGUUCAGCCAUCUGUUACGAAAACAAAAUCUGAAAAGAAAAUUGACGAGGCUGAAAGAAAGAGCAUCUGUUCCUGCUCGAUAUUGUGAGAAUACUUGCUGUGGAUAGAAUUUUUUUGGUUGUUCAUUGUGUGCUUGUUGCUGGAUUACGCACCUGGGGACAAACAGUUAUGACGCCUGAAAACACCCGAAUAAUUCGUGCGCCGAGGAGAUUUAUACAAUUAUACUGCACAAGUUUUGCUAGAAAAUGUGUAUAACUAUGUAAUAUGGUUUUGAUGUACUUUACAUAUCAUAUCAAUUCUGGGGGAUGAAAACCUGUUAAUGAUGUAUCUGCUGCACUUUACUGCAAUUUUAAUUUGUUCUUGAUAUGUACGAUUAAUUGAUUUUGGGUAUGUUCGUCAAUAUAACAUAGCAGGAGGAAACAAAUGUUGCUAUUUGUUUGGUUA